AUGUCGACUCCCUACAGCUUUGACAAGGAUCCCUCCAAAGUCGCCCCAUUCAAGUGGGAUGAUCACUACGACUUUCCGCGCGAUUUGAUCGGCUAUGGCGAGAAAUCCUUCAACCCGCAGUGGCCCAACGGCGCCAAAAUCGCCGUAUCCUUCGUCAUCAACUACGAAGAGGGCUCGGAGCACUCGGUGCUGAACGGUGACUUGCACUCCGAGACGCAUCUGUGGGAAGCCCCCGGCGGCGCCCCAAAGAUCCAGGAACGCGCCGUGAAUAUUGAGAGCGAAUACAAUUAUGGCUCAAGAGCAGGCGUGUGGAGGUUGUUCCGCUUGUUCAACAAGCAUGGCUUCAAAUACACCUUGUAUGCCGUGGGCCAGGCCCUGGAGAUGAAUCCAGCCGUGGCCCUGUCGAGCGUUCAAAACGGCCAUGACGUGGCCUCACACUGUUACCGCUGGAUCGAUUACCAUGACAUGCCCGCCGAAGAGGAAAAAGCUUUGAUCAAAAAGGGCAUCGAGACCAUCCAGCGCAUCACCGGCGAAGCCCCCAAGGGCUGGUACUAUGGUCGCCUGUCGCCGCGCUCGCACGCUCUCGUCUGGGACGUCUACAAGGAGAUGGGCCUCCCGCUCCUGUGGCAGUCCGACAGCUAUGCUGAUGACAUUCCUUACUGGGUUGACGUGCCCGCCGAGAAGGACGAUCCCAACCCCCAGGGCUUGCUGAUGGUGCCCUACUCGUACGACUGCAACGACUACAAGUUCAACGUCCCCACCGGCUUCAGUGCUCCCAUGGACUUUUACGAUCACGUCAAGGGCGCCUUUGAUGUGCUGUACGAGGAAGGUUCUGAGGGCAUGCCGAAGAUGAUGACCGUCGGUUUGCACUGCAGAUGCAUUGGUAAGCCUGCGCGCUUUGCCGCGCUGAAGAAGUUUGUCGAGUACAUCAGCGAGAAAGAAGGCGUGUGGGUUGCAACACGAACCCAGAUUGCUGAGCACUUCAGGGAGAAGUUUCCGUACAGGAAGGGUCACUUGGCGUGA